AUGAAAUUCAAUGUGACGGUUGACCGCGAUGAAGAUGGUAUGUGGAUUGUGGAAUGCCCCGCAAUUCCGGGCUGCGUCAGUCAGGGAACGACCAAAGCCCAGGCGUUGGACAACAUAAAAGAAGCCAUUACACUCUGCCUUGAGGUACGCGCAGAAAAAGGCCUUCCCUGA